AUGUCAUUCAUCUCCCGGGCGUGGACUCGAUUAGGUGGAUUCGGCGCACCACUGCAGCCGCGUAUAUUCGCGAACCCCAACUUUGUUCGAAUACCCGCGGAUGUGCAAGUCGAAGAGGAAGCACUGCCUGACUAUCUCCCCGCGCGUUACUACCCCAUGCGUAUUGGCGAAGUCCUUGUCGAUCGUUACCAGGUGGUUGGAAAGCUUGGCUUCGGCCGGAGCUCGACAGUUUGGCUGGCGCGGGACUUGCUCCAGCGACGCCACGUCGCCCUUAAAGUUUUUAUACGCUCACAGGCGCUUGGAGAUGGCGUGGGAAACGAAAUCGCCAUGUUCAAGCGCAUGGAGCAGCGCAAAUCCAGCCAUCCAGGUCGAAGCGCCGUCAGGACCCUCCUAGAUUCUUUCCACCUUGACGGCCCGGAAGGGGAACACUUGGUCCUGGCGCACCCGCCAUUGUGGCGAAGUAUUGAGGCGGCCAUCCGGCGCACCUCGCCCCGGAGGCUCCCAGCUUCAGGCCUACGGUACGUCCUGAAGGACUUGUUCCUGGCGCUAGAGUACCUGCAUGAUGAAUGCCAAAUCAUCCACACUGACAUCAAGGCGGACAACAUCAUGUUUAGCAUCAAGGACUCAUCCGUCUUCACCGAGUUUGAGGAGGAAGAGAUAAAUAAUCCCUGUCCACGCAAAGAGGUACAAGGGAGAACCAUCUAUACUUCGCGAGCACUGAAAUCCACAGGAUUAGUUGGGCCACCGGUCUUAUGUGACUUUGGCUCUGCUGUAUUUGGAGAUGCUGAAAAUAUUGAGUGUGUACAACCUCACAUCUAUCGGGCCCCUGAGGUGACACUGGAAGCUCCAUGGGACUACAAGAUUGACAUUUGGAAUGUCGGAUGCAUGAUCUGGGAUAUAUUUGAGGGAAAGCAACUGUUCUACGCUGUUGACCCAGAGCACAAGGCUUAUCGAAGGAGGGCUCACCUCGCGGAAAUCACGGCGCUGCUAGGGCCUCCGCCCAAGGAUCUCCUUACGCGCGGCCGCCUAGCGAGUAAAUUCUUCUCAGAACAAGGCACAUACGCUGCUGGGAUCAAUUUGCCAACAUCCACGUCGCUGGAGGAGCAGGAGACGCUUCUGACAGGGGACGAUAAGAGACAAUUUCUAGAGUUUAUGCGAAAGAUGCUCCAGUGGAGUCCAGAACAACGCAGCACUGCCAAGGAGCUAUUUCAGGAUGCGUGGCUACAGGAGCGGUCAUGA